AUGUCGGAUAUACCCGUGCGACCGCCUCCGCCAGCGCCUCCGCUGCCUCCGGGCUGGACAGAACACAAGGCGCCCUCUGGACAUUCCUACUACUACAACAAGGAAACUAAAAAGUCGACGUAUACGCGCCCUGUGGCCCAAGUGCGCCCAUUUCACCAGCCACCGCCGCACACUGCGACCCCAGGUUACGGUGCCAGUUAUGACGCGCAAGCGACACAAGCUACCCUGCAGCCCCAAUCCUCGCUCAACGACUUCAUAUUCGCAAGCGCGCCAAAACAGUUUCCCCGCCAUGGCGGAGCGCAGCAGUCAAGAGGUGGGCAGGGUGGAAUGCGCGGAGGACAUGGCAACUUCAACGACAGACGACGAGAGCGUGACGACCGGCCCAAGCACCGCCAAGAUAUCCCCAAUUGCGCGCCGUGGGUGCUGGUGAGGACCAAGUUUGGACGGCGCUUUGUGUGGAACAAGGAGACCAACGAGAGCUUCUGGAAAUUCCCGCCCAACGUCAUGUCCGCCGUGAUUGAAUUCAACCGCAAGGAGCGCGAGCGCAAGGAACGCCGGGAGCGUGGCGAGCCAAGCGACGUGGAGGAAGAGGAUCCUGCCAUGGCCGAGAUCGAAGCGGAACUAGCAGCCGCCGAGGAGGAGGUCGAGAUUGUUGAGGUGGACGGCGACGCGGACAUGGAGAACGACGAGGAAUACGAGGAGGUCGAAGUGACAGACGAUGAGGGCGAUCCAGGCAAUGCAUCAAAGCGGCAGCGCACCGAGGAGCCCAGCGGAGACCAGCCGCGAGAAAUGGGCGAAGACGACCUCGCAUGGCAGUUGGCGCAAAUGGAAGAGAUGGAAAUGGAUCAGGGCUAUGACGAGCAGUACGACGACGAGGAGCCUGCCUUGUCCGAAGAGGACUGUAAGGCGCUGUUCAAGGAGCUGUUGGACGAUUUAGGCGUAAACCCCUACACUCCCUGGCACAAGAUUCUCGACGAGGGUAUACUAUACGACGAUGAGCGCUACAAAGCCCUUCCAACCAUGUCUGCACGCAAGGAUUGUUUCAACGAGUGGGCCCGAGACAAGGCACAGGUUCUCAAGGAAGAAAAGGCAAAGCAAGCCAAGCGCGACCCCCGAAUACCGUACCUGGCUUUCCUGGACCAGCACGCAACACCAAAGCUCUACUGGCCCGAAUUCCGCCGAAAAUACAAAAAAGAGCCAGAGAUCAAGGACGCGAAGCUUGCAGACAAGGACAAGGAGAAACUAUAUCGCGACCACAUCAAGCGCCUGGCCAUGCGCUCGUCGGACCUCAAAGCCGAUCUCACCGCGUUGCUGCGAGCACAGCCUCUGGCGCUGCUGAACCGAUCCACGACUAUCGACACGCUGCCUCCUCCCGUGCUCAGCGACCUCCGCUACAUCUCGCUCGCGCCAUCCACGCGCGAGCCGCUAAUUAAGACGUACAUUUCCACGCUGCCACGCGCACCCGAAGGCGCAGCUUACUCGGCCGAAGAAGAAGCAGAACGAGCAAAGAAGAUGGCCGAGCGAGAGCGCAGAGAGAAAGCCCUAGCAGACCGCGAGCGACGGGUACGAGAAGAGAAAAGAAGACAAGAGCGCGACCUGGCAUACGGCAAGGGCAGGUUACGAGAGGAGGAGGAAGAAAUCCAACGCGCGCUGCAUGUGGGGAAACACGGGCUCAAGGGCCUUUUGAAAGACGAGGACUAG